AUGAUUAGCAUAUACUAUGACGAAGAGAUUGUAGAACACAUGGCGGCAUCCUCAGAGAAGGUCGUUCCUGUCAAGGGCAUGGAAGAGUUCAAGAAGUCAUUCUCCAUUCAGAUGGCCCUGGUGGCACUCAUGGACAAGACAGGAUAUGAUAUCCUGCAGGAGAAUGGACAAAGGAAAUAUGGUGGACCGCCACCAAACUGGAAGGGUCCGGCGCCUCGCAUUGACUGUGAGGUGUUUGUGGGAAACAUUCCCAGAGACAUGUAUGAACAUGAGCUUGUCCCUCUCUUCGUCACAGCAGGGACCAUCUAUGAGUUGAGGCUGAUGAUGGAGUUUAGCGGCCACAACCGUGGCUAUGCCUUUGUCAUGUACACCAAAAAGGAGCAGGCCCAAUUAGCAAUCCGGAUGCUGAACGAAUAUGAAGUUCGUCCAGGGAAGUUCAUUGGCGUGUGCCCAUCUCUGAAUAAUUGUCGCCUCUUCAUUGGCUCCAUUCCCAAAGACAAGAGUAGGGAGGAGAUCAUGGAGGAGAUCAAGAAGUUGACAGAGGGCCUUCGGGAUGUCACGGUGUAUUCGAGCACCUCAGACAGCAGCAAAAAUCGAGGCUAUGCCUUUUUGGAGUAUGAGACACACAAGGCGGCGGCAUUGGCCCGCAAGGACUUAAUUGCUAUAAGGAAUCUGUGGGGUCACGUCCCCUGGGUGAACUGGGCCAAGCCGGACAAACACGGGAAGGGAGCCAACGUGCAGUUUGUCAGAGCUGUUCAUGUACGUCACCUCUCACCGAGCACCACAGAGGAAACACUGAAGCGCGAGUUCGAGCGCAUCAAAGAAGGUGCGCUGGUGCGAGUCAAGAAGUUCAGCGACCACGCCUUCCUUCACUUUGGCUGCCACAAGGAUGCUGUCACUGCCACCAGCAUCAUGAAUGGCGCCACCAUUGAUGGAAACAUUGUGGAAGUGUCCCUCGCUAAGCCCAUCGGGGAAGGGCUGGGUAAGAAAUCUUGCGGCAAAGGAUACCAGGGAAGCAAGACAGGAGGAGGAGCCAAGGAGAGUGUGAAAGACCGCUCGUCUCUGCAAUCCUUGAACCUGCCCCCUCAUUUCCAAUGCGCUGUAGGGCCAGAUAAAGCCGACAAGAGCAUGUUCCCGCUCUUUCCUGGCACGCCGCUGUACCGCACCGACGUGCUGCUGCUCCAACCCGAUCAGAUCAGAUCGGCCGUCAGCCUGCUGGACUUGUAUUGCUGUAGGCAGAACUUGCCUCCCCCACAUUACCAGCUUUUCUCCAUGCUGGGUCAGGACGGGACCCGGCUGCUGGUUUACAAGGUGGUGAUGCCGCUGACGCAAAGUGCCUUCGUACCUGACAAGUUAUGUGUGCGGCUGGAUGAUGCUAAAGAGCUAGCUGCACAACACACAAUGUGGAACCUUGGUGACACACCAAUACACACACACAUACACACACACUCACAGUGACACCUAAAAGGCCUGGGGGGUAUUCCAGAAAGCGGGUUAUGUGAAAACUUAAAUUAACCUUGAAAUGAGGGAAACUCUGAGUUAUCCGUUUCAGAAAGAGAAGUAACUUAAACUCUGGGUCAGUUACUGUGGUAGCUUAUUCUGUGAACAUAACCUGCUCCCUGGCAGGUUUACUAUACAAAAAGAAAGCAGUAAAUCAUGGAAUAGCCAUUAAUUCAAAAUCCGAUGGACAUGGAAGCCGUAAUAAUUCGAAACGCUUUACGUUGCGAGAGAAGCUUCCGACCCAGAUUAGAUGUUUUAUCAUUUCUAGAAGAAUAUCUUUUCGAACGCAACUAAUUUCUUUGAACAGUACAAUUUAUCUCAACAACCUUCUCUGACCGUGGGAUGCCUGAUGGUGUAGUGGUACACUCGUCAGUCUUGUGUGCAGGCACUAUGAGUUUGAUUCCCACACACCCCGAACGAGCACUAAUAUCAGAACAAACUUCAUGGAUAGCACUAUGUUUUUUUGCAAAUGGCAUUUUCUUUAUAAUAUCGGGGAUGCAGAGCAUUUUUUUUUUUCAUUUUUAAAAAAAUGGUAUUUUAAUGAGUGUUGGUGUAGGGUACAGUGUCCCAUUUUAAAUGACUACAAUAGGUGUAAAACAUAAAUGCAUUUGUGUCAAGUAUUUGGAAAACAUAAUCAUUUGGGGUUUAAAUAAUUUGAAGUAGCCACUGAAAUAAUAUUUUAGUUUAAAUUAACACUGACUUUGUUUGAUAGCGUGAGUCCAUUUAAAAUAAGUAAAUUAAAAUCUAAGUGAGGUGCAAUCACAGCCUAGCAAAACAUGCCUUACCUUUUUGAUGAAUGUUUUUAUGUUUCAUUUUGAGCUGCUUCCAAGUUAUUUUUGCUCCUGUUGGAUUGCACCUAUCUAAAAACCAGAUUUCAUUCCUACUUAAAUUCAUAACUAUAGGCUAUGCUACAAUCUUAUGAUUAGAUGUUACAUCAAUGAAAUAGUAGAUUCAAACUUGCGCAUCAAGCGGCAAUUUCCUCCCAUGACAUUCUCUCCUUUGCUGCUGCAGUCGUAUUAGAUUUGCGGCGAAAAAUACCGUACUUGCCGUAGGCUUGCAUAAGGACUCCAACUCCAUCGUGGUAAAAUAAGGUGAUCUGUUUUUCUUCAGUUGUCAUGGUGAAUCAUGGUAUCGGGACUCAAUUGAUGAUGGCUUCUUAUAGUGGUUGUGCACGCGCGUAACUCACGGUUAAGAUACUCAGAGUUUAUUCAACUAACUCAGAUCAGCUUUUCUGGAACCGAAUACUCAGAGUCUCCCAUCUCAGAGUAAGUCAAACCAGAGUUCAGGGAUAGACUCAGAGUAUGUUGAACCUGAAUCUGGAAUACCCUCCAGAUAACGUUCGUUAAAAGACAACUCCUCCAAUCAGCAUUGAAUGUGUGUGUGUUUAUCUGCGCGUAUUUGUUUGUUUUUUGUGGGACAGCCGGCGUUGGGGUGGGGUGACUCGGUGUUUCUUUUUAACACCUGUGAAGUACUUUGAGUGACACACCAUGUAUGAAAAGUGGCCUAUAAACGUUGAUUGAUUGAUUGAUUGAUUGAUUGAUUGAUUGAUAUUGAAGUAAAGCAAACGCUCAUUCAUUCAUUCAUUCUUUCACUUUAUGUUCUCUUCAUCACCAGAUGCAGCUUUCAUGAGUGAUUGGACCAUUUGCCCAUCAGCUGUACAGUUUGAUGCUACCCAUCCUGCCCUGCCGCAUUAGGACCUUCAAUUCCUGUGUUGACCGAGCCUGUACUUGCAUCCGACCCCAGCCACUCCAGGAGAACAAUAUGAAUUCAGCGGCAGUUCUUGUUUUGCUAUGCUAUGGCUAUGUUCUUGUUGCUGCGUGUUUUGAUGUUGAAUGAAAUAUUACAUGAAAUGUAUUGAAUUAAUUUUCAAUGUGGUUAUAAGUCAAGGUAUGUGUCAAUGUUAGCCACCAGGGAUUGAUUUGCCAUCAGUUUGGUGGACGAUGUUCAAAUUUAUAGAUCAUUUUGAAUCAAAAUGACUAUCAUUCUGCAUAACAAGCAAUUGUAUAAAUUUAGCAUUGAUGCGCAACUACUCAUCUCGUCGCACGUCCAGUGCAUAUUCUGUUAUUAUACCUUUACUGUGUGAAUGCGGAACAGAAAUAAUUUAAAAAAUUCAAGAUAAAAGCCAAACGUUUUUUUGGUGUUUUCAAAAGCUCAAAUCAAACAAUUGAACAACUUCAAACUGCACAUCAUUCCACGUAAUUGCACUAUAUUGCACAACAUUUACCAUUUUGUUCUUUUCUACAUAAUUUGAUUCUAAAUUGUACCAUAUCUUGUUGUUCCAUAUCUUGUUGUGUCUUUUGAUGUUGAAUGAAAUAUGAAAAGAUAUCAAUUUAAUGAAUUUUCAAUUUAAUUACAAGUCUAGGUAUGUGUCAAUGUUAGCCAGCACGGAGCGACAUCAUCAGUUGUGUGUGCUGUAUAAAAAUUGCUAGAUCCUUUUGAUGAUUAUCAUUCCGCAAUACAAGUAUUUAUUGACUUAGCAUUUCAGUAUUGAUGUGCAAUUUCCCCAGAAAUUGCUUGUAAGUGCAAUUUGUCUUCUACUUUUACUGUAUGAAUUCUGAACGAUAUUUAUUUCAAAAAUU